CCCCUACUCCAAAAUAUGCUUAACUUGGUGUGAAUUAAACUAAAUCCAUGACUUUUAUUUUUCAUUGCAAACUGAGGAUGUAGAGGCCUUGUUUGUGAGAGUAAGCUGGCGUUAUACCGACCUGAAACUCCCCUUUAUUUAGCGCUACUUUCGGGUGCAAAUAUAGCGCAGGAGGAAGACGGGGCUGUCACACAGGCUCUGCAGAAACAGCGAGUACAUCCUCCGAGUGGAAAACUUCAUUGAAAGUUGCCUAAUCAACAGUGUGCUGCCGGUGGGCGUUGACAUUCUGCCUUUUACGUGUCAACCUAGCGGUCCGUGCUGUUCAGUCAAAGCAGGAAAGCAGCAGGAGUGAGAGUCAGUUAGCUUCGUGUAGCUAAGCUGGAGGCGGUGUCAACAUCCCCACUACAGACUGGGCUGAAGAUAGUUAGAUAAGUCACAGCCAGAUGUGCGGAAAGUAAGUUUCCCAGCUUACCUUCUUCACCGUGUUGGUAGUGGUCUUUAGUUUUUUAUUUUUAGUGCUCUGUUCCCCGAUGCCUCCCUCUAUCUCAAACUGGCUUUGGAGUGAGAGGUUUUGGCUUCCCGAAAACGUCUCAUGGGCGGACCUGGAGCGUCCACCACCUGGAGUGGAGUAUCCCCGACUGAGAGACAUAUUCAUCGCCUUGCCUCUGGCUGUGGGAGUUUUUCUACUAAGAUUGCUAUUUGAAAGGUAAAGAAAUAUAACUUUUUGUCUGUAUGAGCGAACAGUUUGGAGCCUCUUGUUGUGAUACAGCUACAUAAAAAGGCUGAACACAAUCCUAACUUAUGAGUCACUUUUGUUGAACACUAACUUUCUGGGAACUAGUGAGCUAACUCUCUGGAGCCUCCUUUCAUCAUGUGCUUUUCAGCAAAUACACAAAAACUGUCACAGUAACAAAGUUAGCUGCAAUGAAAUCAUGCAAAUCCUCUUUCACCAUUUCCCUUUUCAUUCAUAGUCCCUUAACUUCUACUACAGCUUGUUUCUCUUUUUUCAUCCAUGUUACAGUCAAUGUUGUUUUUGCUUCACUCUCUUAAUAGUAAGUAUCCUCAGCAUUCUUUUGUGGUGACAUGAAAAUAACUUCACCAUCUAGAGACACCAGUUUACCUUGCUGAGCAGCAAUGACAGUCUGCUGUCAUGUAAUUGUUGCUGCAGUUAUAUGACAGAACAGGCAUGUAAUUGUCACUCAGUGUGAUUCCUGGGUAUUUAUUGUGACUUGGAGAGAAGUUGUAAUAGUAUAAAUUAUGCAAAAAAGAGUUGCAGUACUUCCAAUAAGAGGGCAGGCCAAAGUCCAGCCAGUGCGAUCUAUUCAUUUCAAAUAUUGGGAAAACUACUUCAGAUAAGUGGCUUUAUGUUGUAAGACUAAGAUGUAAUAAAAGGAACAGUCAACUCAGCAAGAUAAACCAUAGGAUCUUGUGACACAUAUCAGUCUGUUGUUCAGAGGCGUCCCUCCUGAUUUUCUCUGUCUCCCACCCUCUCACAUGAUAGGUCAUCACUCUGUGUUUAGACUAGGUGCUACAUUCCCCAGGAUUCCUUCUGUGUCUCCCCUAUAGGCUCUAUUGUGCUCUCUAUCCCUCACACACAUGCAUGUCAAACAUUACUCCGUGGAAAAACAGUCACAGUGACACAGUCCAUGUUAGUGAGGCUGGCAGUUCAUCCGCUCCCUCGCUCCCUCUUCCCUUGUCUUUCUCCCUCUCUGAAUGUCUGACUUAAUACCACACCAUCACCAUGUCCCCUCCCUGCCCCCCUCUCACUUUUUUCUUUUUUUUCUGCCUCCGUCUGUGUGUAUACAGGCUAGUGGCCAAACCCUGUGCCCACAUACUUCAGAUUCAGGGGGGAGUGCCACGGCGAGCUCAGUCCAACGAUGUCCUGGAGAGGGUGUAUCAAUCCAAAGCGGUACGUAAAGCCCAUAUUUGUGCUCCAGUUCAAUAAAUGUUCCUCUGCAUGAUGAAGUACACAUGUGACCUCAGUGGAAUACACCACUACAGGCAUAAUGAAACGUUCAGUAAAUGUUUAAUGUGGUAUGUCAUAUCUACUGGUAUUGUGGUUAGAAGCCAAUGAUUUCUUCUCGUCCUUUUUGUAGUGUCCAGACACAAGGCAACUGGAGGGACUCUCCAAGCAGCUGGAUUGGGAUGUGCGGAAAAUACAGAGAUGGUUUCGUAUCCGACGGAACCAAGACAGGCCCAGUACGCAGAAAAAGUUCUGUGAGAGCAUGUAAGUUCCUGCGAAGGUUCCUUCUCAAGUGAUGAAUGAGAUGCACCCUGUACUGAUUGGACACAUGGCUAAACUUUGAUAUAAUAUCACCUGUUUAUCAAAAGAAUUAUAAUGUUUGCCAUGAAAUCUCAACUUCUCCCUCUGUUAAGAUGCAUAUGUUAAAUUCUAAAGUACUAGUGUAUUCAGUAAUUCUGUCCUGCACCCGAACACAGCCUUGAAUAUGUGUUAGCAUAACUGUAACCUGCAGGGAUAUUUUUGAAGAAAAGAACAAGGUGUUCUAUUUUACUAAUACUGUAAGCAUAUUGACAUUAGCAUACAGCUCAAAGCAUUGCUGUGCCAAAGAACAGCUUAACUGAGAAGUUAGUAUAAGUGUAAAUUCUCCAUCAUUUUCUUUAUUGUGCUUUUUUUCUGUCUCUUCAGGUGGCGAUUUACAUUUUACUUGGGGAUUUUUAUCUAUGCAAUUCGCCAUUUAUGGGUGGUGAGUUAAAUAAGCAUGCUAAAUGCUAUUUCAUGCUACAUAUAUGUAUUUCAUAUCGUAAGCUUUGAUUGUAAAUAAACCACACAGCUACAUUUUAAUGACCCAUGCUUAAUCAUAUGCUCUCUUUCCGUUAGUCACCCUGGAUGUGGGAUACCCGACAGUGCUGGUACAACUAUCCCUUUCAGGUUAAUUUAUAUCUUUUAUUAGCAGCGAAAUCAUAACAAGCUGCCUUUCUUGGGCCUGCUCUGUGUAGCACUGUAAUGUUCGUAGCUCAAUGGUUCUGCAUGUUUGUAAAAGGUGUUUCUGCUUGACUCUCUCCCAAAGCCUCUGAGCCCUGGACAAUACAACUACUACAUAGCUGAGCUGGCUUUCUAUUGGUCGCUGAUGUUUUCCCAGUUCACAGAUAUAAAGCGCAAGGUGAGUUUGAAAAAGCAAAUGCAUCAUGUUGUGUUACAGAUGGUUGCUCAAUGGUUGUAAAGCGUCAAAGUUGUUUUUGUUUGCAUUACGAACCCGCAUUCAUUUCAUGUCAUAUCCCUGUUUGCCAUUUUUAUCUGACAAUGUGUUAACAAGCGUAAGUUUUGUAGUUUUUUUAAGCCUCAAGUAUGCUACAAAGCUUAUUAUUUCAACCAGCUCAAGUGUAACAGGUUAGACGAUCAACUGCUGCUCAGCCACGCACAGAUUAUUUGCGGUGUGUUUUAUUUAUAGCCUUUUGUCAACCUGUUAGCCCAGUAUUCACAAAAGUGUUCUUGUUGAUGUAGCAGACGUUUCCAGGAGGUGAUGAUUCUCUACUUCCCCUCAUUGUUUCACUCUUUUAACACUCUUUCUGUCAACUCUUCAUUUCCUGGAUGACAGGAUUUUUUCAUCAUGUUUGUCCACCACAUGGCGACCAUCAUGCUCAUCACAUUCUCGUACGCCAACAACAUGCUAAGAGCUGGCACUCUGGUCAUGUGUGUGCAUGAUGCAUCUGACAUCUUUCUCGAGGUAAAGAGCUCACUGAUGAUGAUUCAUUAAUCUUUUUUCCAUGAAGCAAACUUGUGCAGGUAAGACUAGGCUAGCACAACUGUUAGCAUAACAAGCAUCCCAAUACUGUGCUGCGCAGUGAGCUUCUUGUAUUACCUGUCUGACAGAGAACUUCUCUCAUUAGCAUCUCAUUGACACAAUGUCAUUAACCUGAAGUGUUAGGUGGCUGAGUCACCUGUACUGCCUGUCUAACAGAAAUGCAUCUGUAAUUAGCAUUGCUGUGACAAGAUGACAUUGAAAUGCAGUAGUACAAGUGUAGGCCAAUAAAAUAGGUGUGAACUCAGUUUGGUAGCUAGUAGUCUGUCACUUUAACAGGAAGAUUUCAUGAGUGGAAGUUAAGACAGAAGCUACAUAUUGAAUCACUGUGAAUGAUUUAUUUCUUGUUUAUUCCCAAAGGCUGCAAAGCUGGCCAACUAUGCCAAGUACCAGAGGCUAUGUGAUGGCCUGUUUGUGGUGUUCAGCAUAAGCUUUUUCCUCACCCGGCUUGUCAUCUACCCUUUCUGGUAAGAUACAUGUGGAAUCAUCUAUGUACCAUUGUACAAGCCUUUCCCUUGACACAUUUGUAAUGAACAGAAAAGGAAUGAUUUGAAAAGCACAAUAACUACAGCAUGCAUGUGUUUCCUUUGCAGGAUUGUUUACAGUGUUUUGUUUGAGAGUUGGGAAAUCGUCGGGCCAUACCAGGCCUGGUGGUUGCUCAACGGCCUGCUGUUGGUGCUGCAAGUUCUUCACGUAAUUUGGUUCUACCUCGUUGCUCGUAUUGCUGUCAAAGCCAUAUUCAAGGGAAAAGUAAGUAGAAACAUAUUUCACUUUUUUUGGCACAGUUUUUAUCAUCACUGCAGUGUUUAUUGUUAAUGAAUUCAUGAUUUUUAGAAGGUUACACGCUUUGAUAACACUUAGUAGUUUCACCAUGAAAUCCUGCACAAACAUUCAUGAUCUGUAGAGUACCUGCAGGUCGAGCUGGUCGCUUCAAUUUCCUGUGAAUAAUCUCACUUUGCAUAUUCUUGCUGUUGCCAGAUGAUAAAUCACUCAGAUUGUGUCAAACCCCUGACACAAUCUGCAUAAUUACAUUUGGGGUUUCAGCUUCGAUGCCUCCACAUAUAUUUGACGAUAAAUUUGGAGCAGAAAUUGAUGCUUCUCCUUUACUUAGUGAUCCUUUGUUUUUAUCUGUUAUCUUACCCUGUGUAUGAAUGUUAGUGUUCUUUAUGAGUAUAUCAGCAUUUCUUUACUCUGCGCUGUAUGUUUCAUUCAUUAUUAAAUUUGAUAGUAAAGUUUUGUCUCGUUUGAUUCACCUCACAGGUUUCCAAAGAUGACCGCAGUGACAUUGAGAGCAGCUCAGAUGAGGAGUUAAAAAGUAAAACUCCCAUUCAGACUCUAAAACCAAAGGACAACGGUCUCAAUGGUAACCUUAACGGAGAUGCUCAUGACCACUGAGUCCUUUUGAGCUGAUAUCUUCUCCCAGUGUGGCUUACAUACAUCUCCUGCGUGCCUGUGUGAUUCACCUGGUCGAUUUGACCUCAUGAAAAGACUUGAAACUUUUUUUUUCUCCCUGCGAGAGAUUUGCUGAGUCUUUCAUACAAGGAGGCAACUUAAAUAGAGACACACUCCAUGCGUUGAAUACAGACUCACCAUUGUCUUACUGAGUCAGGUUUACACUGUGUGAGGUUUACAGCUGCUUUUCGCUUUCAGGGGGUCGACAGAAAAACGUGUGCGGUCUGUCUGCACCCGACUGUAUGUGUGCGUGUUCAAAAGUUGGAAAAGUGCUGCGAUAUAAUGUGUAACUGUCAUGAGUCUUUUUGUACAUGUUCAUAAAUUUUUAUCAGUGAAGCUGGUAAUAUAUUCUAAAGCUGUAAAACAAAUCACUGCGUCUGCUCUUCAGAAUAUGCUACAAGUAUCUCUUUAAAUGCCAAAGAUUUCUUAAUAAAAUAUCAAUGCAACAAAUGCA